AGCCGGAGGGGGGCGCUACUUGCACUUCGCUCUCACGCGCGCAGACCUGCGAACCCGGCAAGCUGCGCGGAGUUCGGAGCCCCUGGGCGCCCUGGCCCUUGUGGCCAGGGAGCGCCUCACGAGGUAAGGCGCUCGCCUGGUCGGCUCCUGGAGUGCUCCUGCUCCUGCCUUCUCGCGCCCGCCCUGGCUCUGAAUUCAGCCUCCUCACACCCGCUCCUCAGAGCCGAUGGCACAGUCCAGGCCCGGGUCGGCGACGAGGAGUCACGCGAAAAGCAGCGCCUGGGGUUUGCUUUUUUAUUUGCGUCUCAUAAUCAGUAACAGAUGUCUACUACUUGUAAUAGGCAGUACAACAAAAUGAGUCCAUGGAAACGGUUGCUAGCCUGUGAGUUAACAGCAGCCUACGGAAAUUUUCAGACGCUUAGGUAACCGUGGAGCUACUGGACCAAUGCGGUACCCCUUCCGGUUUCUUCAUCUCUCGCUUAGCUCAGCUUUCCCAGGGUUGCCUUUAACCCCGGAAGUGAGGUUUUCCGGGUUCCUCCCUCCCUAAAAUGGCAGCAGCCGAAGACGAGUUACUGUUACCGCGGCUCCCCGAGCUGUUCGAAACCAGCAAGCAGCUUUUGGACGAAGUGGAAAUCGCAACUGAACCCACCGGCUCCCGAAUAAUCCAAGAUAAGGUGUUCAAGGGACUGGAUCUCCUGAAGAAGGCUGCAGAAAUGUUGUCGCAGCUCGAGUUGUUCAGCCAAAAUGAAGAUUUGGAGGAGAUCGCGUCCACCGACCUGAAGUACCUGAUGGUGCCAGCAUUUCAAGGAGCGUUCGCCCUGAAACAAGUCAAUCCCAGCAAGCGUCUAGAUCAUUUGCAGUGGGCUCGAGAACACUUUUUAAACUACUUAACGCAGUGCCAGUACUAUCAUGUGGCAGAGUUUGAGCUGCCCAAAACCAAGACCAACUCAGCUGAAAAUAACACUGCUAAUUCCUCCAUGGCCUAUCCUAGCAUCGUUGCUAUGGCAUCUCACAGACAGGCUAAAAUAGAGAGAUACAAGCAGAAGAAGGAGGUGGAGCAUAGGUUGUCUGCACUGAAAUCUGCUGUGGAAAGUGGUCAAGCAGAUGAUGAGCAUGUUCGUGAAUAUUACCUCCUUCACCUUCGAAGGUGGAUUGGUAUCAGCUUAGAAGAGAUUGAGAGCAUUGACCAGGAGAUAAAGAUCUUGAGAGAAAAAGACUCCGCAAAAGAGGCAUCAACUUCUCAGUCAUCUCGUCAGGACAGGCCUCCGAUGAAACCGUUUGUUCUCACUCGGGACAUGGCCCAAGCCAAAGUAUUUGGAGCUGGUUAUCCAAGUCUGGCAUCUAUGACAGUGAAUGACUGGUAUGAACAGCAUCGGAAAUUUGGAGCAUUACCAGAUCAGGGAAUAGCCAAGACAACAUCAGGUGAGCUGUUUCAUGGGAUUGUUGUAAGAGUUCAAUGUAUAACAGACAGAAGUGUUUUCAUCUGAGCCCAGUGACUACAGUCUGUCCACUAGGAAGGGAAAGGAAAUGGACAGAUAAAUAUGCGAAACUCUGUUCUGUGCCGGGUACUGGAGCCAGCACUUACACAUGCUGUUAACACUCACAAUGACCCUGCAGAAUAGGGGGCAUUGUCCCCAUUUUACAGGUGAGAAAACAAGCCCAGAGAAGCUGAAUGAUCUCUUCAAGUUCACCUGAGUAAGAAGCUCUGCUUCUGUCAUUUUCCAUGUGCUUCCCAAUUGCUUGUGCUUUUAAAGGGCUUAAAAAGGGAGCAGCUUUAAAAAUCCAAGCCCAAACCACCACUUACACGUUAUUGGAGCUCUAGAAAUGCCUUUUUAGCUGACUCACCAAACAAAAGGUUAUGCCAGCCUGCCUCCCCCCUGCCAUUUCGCCCUCAGAUGGAGGAUAAGAAGACAGAGGCGGUGAGCAAACCCAUCUUCCUCCAUUUUCCUCCCCAGUCCUCUGCUCCUGCCAACCGGGCUGCCAAAAACAAACAAAAAAGAACCACCUUCUCACCAUAAGGCGUUUCAGGGUCCUAGAGUGAGUUGGGUUUGGUGCACUCCGGGAAGCCAGGACUCAAAGCAUUCCACAGAUAUUAAUAAUAGUAGUUUGCACUA